GACAAAUUCAUGCCUUAAACUGUAACCGUUUAGGUACAUUAUGAAUUUAUUGCUGUCUUGAAAAAUAUUUAAGUACCAUAGGAAUUCGCCCAUCUUUGGCUUUCUGAGUCGAGCACAGCGCUGACGUAGCGUCGGCGGUUCGAUGAAAUACCUUACAUUUAAAGUUAGUUUUAUUUUAUUAAUAUCCGUCAAAGAAUCCCUUUUAUAUUACAGUAAUCAAAAAAUAACAAAUUCAAGAAUCUUCAUUUGAAUUCUAGCUAGGAUUAGUGAUGCGACUCGAGGCUUGUUUUUAUUCGAGUCACUCGCGUGAAAUUGUCAAACUCGUACUCGAUUGAAAAAAAAAUAUUACUCGAGUCUCUAUGCAGUCGAUUGUAGUGAUGCGACUCGAAUAGGAUUUUGUGACUCGAGUCAUUCGAGUAAUUCGGAUUUGUACCGACGCAGUAUAGAUAAGUAAAAUAGAGUAGUAAAGUGACAUCUAGCUAAUGGCAUGGCGGCAAUCGAGUAAUGUAUAUUUCAUUAUUCUUACUUCUUAGGAAGACAUUUUUUCAGUUCUUUGAUUACUUAAAUAAAUAAUAUGUAAUAACUCUUAUAAUGUGUAUUUCAUUUCAAUUAUUACUCCAUCCGUGACAAUGAGUCAAUUAAUAUAGGUAUUUGUUUAAAUAUUUUUAUUUCAUUGCUCGUUUGUGUUUCGAGCCGCGCAGACGAUAAUACGUACGUGAGAAGCGGUCACUAGUAUUAAAAACUACAUUCGUUCGCCCAUCGUUCACAGAGUAGUUUGCAUUGCAGCGAAGGCAUUAUGAACAACUUAAACAGUACAUUUAAUUCUCAAGAAGGACAAGCAAUGAGUGUCGGUGAAAUGAGUGGCAUUCAAUCCAGCGAAAGUCCACAUUUAUUGGAACAAGUGACACCGCCCAACUUUGUUACACAAAGAAACAGAAUGGACAGUAAUGAUCUUCGUAAUGACUUCAAAUCAUUUCAAGAGACUAUUAUGUCAACAUUGGAAAGGUGGUUCUCAAAAUAUGACGAGAAACAGACAAAGCUGCUAAAUGAAGUUGAAGAAGUCAAAAAAUCACUUGAUUUCGUACAUAAGGAAUAUGAAAAAUUAAAUAAAAUUUCCUAUAUGGUUUUCUCGUCCACUAAUACACAUUUUCAAAAAUAAAGACAAAGCAUGGGUGAAGUGGAAAAAAACAGGUAACAUAUCAGACUAUGAGAAUUUUUCUCUUUAUCGUCGUAGAUUUAAAAUCCUUUCCGAUGAAUGUUUUAAUACUUAUAUAAAUUCGGUAGAGACCAGCAUACGUCAAGAUAUAAAAUCAUUCUGGUCUUAUGUUCGCAAAUACAAUGGCGCGGGCGGUAUUCCAAAUGUUAUGACCUACAAAGAUACUAA